AUCCAGCCCGCAUCUCUCCGUCACUGCGAGGUUUCCCCCUCCUGCUGCUGCUACAUCUCCAUCUCCAGCUCCACGAACCAGCAGCGAGCCUGGGAUUUCCUCUCAUCAUUCCACAUUUGACGGAUCCUCUCUUUCCUUUCUUUCUUUAUUUAUUUCCAUCUGUGUGUGUGUGUUGGGUGGAGUCAACCCGGAAUUCUCCAAAUUGGAAAAGAAAGCGCUGGUACAUUUCACAGGAGCACCAUGAAGGACGGCAUCGCCAACAACAGCACGGCAAGCAUCUCCCAUGCCAGGAAAGCUGUGGAGCAGCUGAAGAUGGAGGCCUGCAUGGACAGGAUAAAGGUGUCCAAAGCGGCUGCGGACCUGAUGGCAUACUGUGACGCCCACAUACGCGAGGACCCGCUCAUCAUCCCGGUUCCCGCCUCCGAGAACCCGUUCCGGGAGAAGAAGUUCUUCUGCACCAUCCUCUGAUGACCCGCGGCUGGAGUCGUGUGGGUGCAGGCAUGGCGUUGCCUGGCUUCUCUGUCUUCACCACACCUGAAGCUACUGGCCAUAGGCGUUGAGUUGAGUUUUUCCAGGUGGACACUCAGUUGUUGGUCAGCUCUGUCCCGGUGGCUGAAGGCUUUGAGGGAGUCGGCUCCCAAACUGGCAACCCAGUGAGCGUAUCAUGUCUUGUUAAAUAGGUUUGUUAUUGCUUUGUUAUUAGAGAACAGCCUUGCUCAGUGCUUCAUGAGAUGAGAGAUGUUUGGGUUUUUUUGUUUUAAUUUCUUAUUUUAUUGUGCUAGAUCUUAACUUGCCUCAGGAAACAGCAAUUUGCCCAGUGUCUAAAACAAUGUAUUCCACUUACCUUUAUAAAAACCAUUCAUUUUUGUUGUAGAGUAUAUCAAACAUUUCUUUCUUUUUUCCCCCAUUCCAGUGCAAAGGUUCGUCUAUUUGUAGCAUCACUUACAGAAAGUCUCACUAAAAUUUGACACUUUCCUCUGAAGUGGUUUCUCUUUUAAUUUUCCUGCCGAGUCACUAAAAUUGAACCUCCUUGUUUUAGUGCUGCAGUGCAGUGAGGACGAGAUUAAAGCACAGAAACAGGAUCUUUCUCUCACAUGGUAAAAAAUGACAGUUGCAUUUAGAAAAGGAAGGACGGGGCUGCACAUCAUGUGUGUCUCCAGCAGUAGGUUCAUCACAGCAACCAACCCUAGAGUCAAAGAUUAUUCACGUUUCUGCCGCCUCCUCCCCACUCGGUUUCAGCUGAUCCUGCAGCUCCCGUCUGGGUGGAGUCGAAAAAACAUGUUUCCCUGCAAGUUUCCUAAACUUUCCCAUUAGUUUUUCUGGGCGUGUUUCCUGAGCCUGGUUCUUUUUUCCUGUCCUAGAGUGAAUGGCAAGGCCUUUGACAUUAAUGCCAAAGCAAAGGCCUGCAUGUUUCUCUGCUCCUUUUCGAUAGCUGCUCCUCCGUUUCUGAGGGACUCUCAGUCUUUUAGGGUGUUCAAUAUGUUCCAGUGCCAAUUUCUGUCCGACCAGUGUGAUCCUCGCACUGCGGUCCCGCCGCCUUUUUUUCCGUUCAGUCUGUUUUGGAAGAUAAAGCACACUGUUGAAACAUUUCCUUUACCUGAUAGUUGACUUAGCAUUUGCUCAUUUUUACGAUGAAUUGUUAUGAUCAUUAUGAAUAUUGUUAUUAUCAGUAGUAAUAUUGAAUAUUGGUUGCACAGCACUGACAGCUACAUGACGUGUAGUGCUUCUAAGCUUGUAUUAUACUUAGAAAAAAAACAUUUAUAAAUCAUGCAAUUCUUGUUACUAUCUAAGUAUUUUUUAAAAACAACGGUAAGGGUCCUUUACAUCCCUUUGGUGGUUCAGGCUUUUUGCAUCAUAGUCUCUGUAAAACUAAGAGAAAAGUUCUCCCUUCCUGAUACUUGAACAGCCAUCGCUUUCAGAAUCAGAUGCUUGAUACCGGACUGUCAAAAAAACAAACGACUGCACAGUCAAAUUAUAAGGAUGAAAAAAAAUCUCUUUGUUUCCUUGCAGAGAACCUUGAGACGGACCUCAGUGUGCUCUCACUGACCUCCUCAUAAAGAUGGUGCCAAAUGUUUAACAAGACAUAAGACAGCUAGAGAUGGAUAUUGCAUGGAUUUAUUUCUAUCUAUAACAGAGAGAACUACUAUUAUAUGAAAUAUUGCCUCUUCAUUGACUUUCUGGGUGCUACUCUGCAGAUAAUAAUCUCGCUGGGGUCUGGAUAUGUCAGGAAAAUGCAGCUGUAUUCUUGAAUGGUAUUAACGUUUUGAAAAGGAAAAUAAAAGCAUUUAAUUAGCAGGCUUUGUAAACCCUUUGAAAGAUCAAUUGAA